GGGUGGUGGUGUCGCCUAGCGCAUGCGCAGAGGGGCGCAUGGCGGCUGCCCAGCUGAGGGUGGCUGUUGUCGGGAGGGUGGCGGGACGGGGCGGGACGGACUGGGGGCUCACGGCAGGCCGGUGAGGGGGGCUUGCCGGCCGGGGCAGUCCCGGAGCCGCGAAGGGCCGACCCACCAUCGUGAGCGUCGUUGUAGAUGGAAGAUUUCAUGGUUUCUGAUUUGCAUAGUAGCAGAUUCUGACUAAGCAUAAGGGAGACAGUAGUGUGAGAAGUGGCAAGCCUCUUGCAAGGCUUUGCUCUGUAAAAAAAGAAGAAAUGAAUCCUACAAAUGAUGAUCAAGUGUUUGGGACCAUCUUUGACUGGGACUAUCUCUUAUGGGAAGUUCGUCUGACGCUUUUAGCUGCUGGUUUUUUGAUCUACUUGGGAGUGUUUCUUCUGUCCCACUGGUUGUCUUCAUGGAUAAGUAGCACUUACCGUGCUUUGUAUGCAAAGGAGAAGGUGUUCUGGAAUAUGGCUGUCACACGUGGUGUGUUUGGACUUCAGAGUUGUGUUGCUGGGUUAUGGGCUUUGCUCAUAGAUCCCGUUUUUCAUGCUGACAAAGUGUAUUCUCAGCAGAAGUGGAGUUGGUUUAACUGUUUAAUAGCUGCUGGAUUUUUCUUGCUUGAAAAUGUAGCUGUUCACAUGUCCAACAUUAUUUUUAGAACAUUUGAUGUGUUCUUGGUAGUUCAUCACUUGCUUGCUUUUGGUGGCUUGGCUGGCCUAGUGAUUAAUGUCAAAUCUGGACAUUAUCUGCCUUUGAUGGGAAUGUUGCUGGAGAUGAGUACUCCCUCAACGUGUGUUUCCUGGAUGCUUUUAAAGGCUGGCUGUGCUAAUACCUUAUUCUGGAAGGCAAACCAGUGGGUGAUGAUCCACCUGUUUCACUGCCGCAUGAUUCUUACUUACCACAUGUGGUGGGUGUGUAUUUUCAAUUGGAAUUCGGUCGUGGAGAAUCUGGGACUUCUUCAUUUUAUUGUUUUAUUCUCAGGAUUAUUUGCUGUUACGCUAAUACUUAACCCAUACUGGACAUACAAAAAAACUCAACAACUCCUCAGACCGACUGACUGGAACUUUGAAAAAAAAGCAGUGGAAAAUGGAAAAUUAAAUGGUGAAACACAUGAAAAGAAGAGGAUGUAACAUUGAAACAGCUCUAGUGGAACAGUGCAAUGUGAAGUAAUCAUUUGCCCAUGAACUAGAUGCUUUUGCAAGAAGCUAAUUAACAGAGUGAUUCCUUGCUGGUAGUAUUCUGUAUGAAUAUGCAGAAGUAUUUAAAAGCAUUUUUUGUGCUUCAUCUGUACAUGCACAUAAGAUCUUCAACCUCUUAGUUAUGAAUUUUGCCAAUGAUUUUGUCAAGUUGGACUGUAUUUCAUAACUGGGUAGCAACAUGCUGUCUAAAGGUAUCCUUUAUCCUAAUGCUUCAAAGUGACUUUACAGUUAAUUUGUCUGUUAAGCUCAGAGUGAGUCAAGCUUAGCUUGAAUCCUAUUUCACAUAUGUCAUAGAUACUGAUACUGGAAAUUAUGUUGUUUUUCAAUUAUGACCCAGGUUUGGUAUGCAUGGGUACCUAGUUCAUAUGUGCCAUUAAAUCAUUCCAGGUGGCUGAAUUGAUCAGUGGUAGAAUGCAGUCAUGGCUGGGUUUGUUUUUUUUCUUUUUGUUUUGUUUUUUUUUUUAAGUGGGCUUGAGGAAGAUAAUUGUUCAAGUGUUCACUGUCAAAGGUGUAGUUUUCAGGUUGCCUUCAGUGUGGGAGGAUUUCAUAUCCUCCACAAACGUGCAUGUAAGGAUGCAGGCAUUCAUUUUACUGUUGGUCUUGCUAGAUUAUCAUAGUGGUUCCUUCUGGACCUAAAGUCUGUGAAAUACAAGAGACAACAAUAGAAUGUUUGACUCUGUUUCAUCCUUGAAAAGUUUGCUGGUUGAUGGAUAAUAUUUUCUUUGUAGGUCCCACAUGAGCUGUAAUGCAGUUAGUUCCAUUAGUUCUUCUGUUAUGGUUCACCUUAUUUUUGGAAAUUCUCUUAGUUGUAGAGGAUUUUAGAAUCUAGAGGUGACUCCUCUAUGGAGGAGAGGCUGUUAGCACCUCCUUUGGGAGUUGAGUUGUUAGAGUAUUUUUAUUUUACUUCAGAGAACAUGUAAAGCAACUCUAGCUAUCAUUUGCACUUUAUCUGCCGCAUCACUAAAUCCUUCCUUGACCAAAGGGAAUAGGAUUGUUGUUUUAGAUAGAGACUUGGCAAACUGUAGUGGGUGUUCUCGGUAAUAGCACUGGUCUGAUGGUUUCUGGCUGAAAUGUUAGACAGCAGGUGAAGGUAUAAAGAUCAGGACAGAAAAGAGUGACGCCUAGUGGUAAGAGAAUGACAUAAGAUAUUAAUUAGUUUUGCUGCACUGUACUAGUAGUCAAAUAAAAAAACUUGUAACUUGAAACUUUGUCAUAUAGUGUGACUUGACUGCUACACAGAUUUAUUUUCCAAAAUAGUAAGACUGGGCAAGCCCAAGCUAUGAAGAAUUUAUGCCAAAGCAUGUGUUAGAGGCUUUGUUUACUGAACUGUGGUAGACCAUACUGUUUUAAAUGUGUAAGGGCAGUACUGUUUGGUGUAAACAACCCCCUUUGAUUAAUUUUUUGUGAGAAUAUAUUUGAUUUCAUUGUGAGUAAAGGGAAGAAGCUAGCAGUCAGGUUGCUGUGUUUCCUAACUGUGGAAGAGUUGUUCUAUGAGAAAGAGGAAAACUUACUGUUAGGUCACAAAUGUGUAGCUGGAUCUUGAUGGAAGUGGUGAGUAUUUGAAACCACCUGCUCAAAAGUAGGCUGAGUGGAUGAAAUUAAUUGCAGCAGCUUCUUUCUGUUUUCCUGCUAACAUUCAGCAGAUACAAAUCUUAAAUUUUUUACUACCUUCUGUUUUUUAAGCAGGCCAGAAUUAAGUUGCGGUGUUCUGGCAAUGAAGCCUGUCUAAAUGCCAUCGUAUAGGUACCUCCCCUAAGGGUUUGUGUGUGAGACAGUAAUAGUAAAAGUAUUUUAAGAGAAAGCAAAGUGAUAAAUUCCUCAGGAACAGAACACAGAUAUAUGAUCCAAAUGCAUAUCUUGCAGAAUAUAGAGCUCACUUGCAGGAGUUCCAGGAGGGAAUGCAGAGGAUAACUCACCAGAUACCUUGUAAGGAGCCUUAGCCUUGUAAGGUUUGGAUUCAAUAAAAUAAGGUAAUAAUUUUGAAAAUCCCAGGUACAGAAAACAGAAGCAUCAGAAGAAAAAUAAGUUUGGGCCAAGUGUUGUUAUUCCUACAGUUACUAGGUAAAGGAGGUAAAGUUUCUUUGUCUUAAAUAAAAGGGUGUGGAGAGUUUGGGUUAGUGUCUGUUGGUCUAAGAAAAAUGAGUAAGUGUGGUCCAAGCAGCCAAGUGGAUGGUUAUGUCAGUGGCACCAAGCUUCUAAAGUUUAAUGAUUUGUAUUAUUAAUUCCUGUAAUGUUAAGUGGGUUAUAAAUCUGCCAUUUAAAGUAUCUUGUAUCAUAAUAAGGCAUCUUUUUAGUAUGCAAUUUAUUGUGAAUUUUUUCAUGCAAAGACUUCUUAUGACAUAUCUCAAACCUUUUGCAUGUCUAACAAUAUAAUUAACAAUACCUAGGGGCACCUGCUUAUCUAAACCCUGCUAGAACAGGAGAGCUGUGCAUUAAUAUUAUUUCUGUUGGUUUGAGAGGUGAGGGGAUUUUACAGUCCAACUAGAAAUACAGAAGAGUACAAAGUAUACUACAAAGAUACAGACAACCUUCCUUUGUCAUCUUGAUGGCCUAGUAUGGGAGCUACCAGUUCAGUUACAAAGCCUUUUUUUUUUCUUUUUUUUUCUUUUAUUUUUUUGAGUGUUUUCUUCAUUGCCCUUUGGCUGCUCCCCUCGAGAGGAUUUUCUGGUUUAUGAUUGUGGAUGGCUCAUUGCUCUAAAACAGUACUAAAAAGUUUUCUAUAUAAAUGAGGGGUUAGGUGUCUAAUUAUUCUUACAGCUAAAUGCUGCUUUUCAAUCCAAAGGUUGACAAGCUAUCAUUUGUUUAUAAAAUUUGUUUAUGUGAAACUAAUCCCAGUGCUGUUGGGCUUGUCUUACAAGGCCUCAUUUGUAAUCCAAUGGUAGAAAAAUUCAGAGUCAGCUUCAGGAGUGGCUGGAUCCAGUCACAGGGUGUGUGCUGCUGCCGUGAUGUGGAAAACUGUUGCAUAAUACUUUUUUGGGUAACUUUUGUUUGCUUUGGUGACUAUGAGAGAUUCCAUCCUGAUUUCUUGAUAGACAAGCUUAUUGAAGGACUGUUGUUUGUGUCACCUUUCUGGCUGAAGCUUUUUUCUUUUUUUUAACAAAAAACCCCAAUAAACUGUGAUGAAGGUGAAAAUGUUUGGGUAGGUUUUUUGGAUUUUGUUUUGUUUUGUUGCUGUUUUACUUUUUAAAGAAAACCUUCAAGAUCUAAGACACCCUGGGCCAGGCAUCUGGUUCUUACUGUCUUCAUACAGCAUUCCUAAUGCACAGUUUACAUCUGCCUCCAUUUGUGUCCUGUCUUACAUUUUUUCUAAAACCUGUCAUUGUUUCCCCGUCCACCUACCAAUUUUUCUAUAAUAUUUUCUCUUAUUUGCAGUACUAAUCAUGUUGUUGCAGCAGUUGCUUUACCUCAGUGAUGUCUUACAUGUUUUAGUAUGUCCUGUCGGGGCCUUCGUUCACUAAAUACUUGUGUCCACAUUUUUUAGUGUUUUUUGCUUUUUCCUUUUUAAAUGUCAUGUACAGUUAUAAGACACCUUUCUUAACCUCAGGGAGACUCCCACUUAAAGUGAAUUUAGAAAUGUUAAACGAAUUCAAGUCUGCUCAUGUACAAUAUAACAUUUUUUGGACGAUACAUCAUCUUUACACUGUGUACAUAAAUAAAAAUAUUUUAUUGAAUAA